UCUCAACUACCCUAUCCUAUGUGCGAUAUUAACUACUCCUACUGCUACUGAACACUUCCCCUUCUUCACUAUAGAGCUCCCCGCCCAAUGAACUCCCAAACCCUCUCAUGGCUUCCCAUCGUCUCCUUCCUUUCCUUCACAACCCAAUUCCUAUUUCUCCAAUCCCCUCUCUGUUUCAGCUUCCCAGAUGCGUUCUUCUACCACAGCUGCGGUAACACUACUUUCGAUUGCGGCUCCAUCGCCGGAAUAGGCUACCCUUUCCGCGGGCACGGAGAACCGGAAUACUGCGGCUAUCCGGGAUUAGACCUCCAUUGCCAAGACGGUAUCGCCACCGUUUACAUCAACAACAUAAAAUACAGGGUUCUGGAAAUCGAUCAGGCCACCCAGACAAUGAAAAUCGCCAGAGAAGAUAUCCUGGAGUCGAUUUGCCCGCAGGAUUUGGUUAACACCACCCUGGAUAACUCCCUGUUCGAGUACGCUUCCAGCGUUGUUAACCUCGAUUUCGUCUACGGCUGCUCGACGCCGUUUCGAUUGAUACUGAGCCUUAUCCCGAUUCCGUCGUGCAACAUUUCUGGGUUGGAUGUGUAUUUGGUGGUGGGAAGUCGGGGCCCCGAUUUGAGCUGCGAGUCUCGGGUUACGGUACCGGUUGCGGGUUGGGACGGGUCGUUGGAUUUGAAGGAAUUGGGACAAGCUUUCCGAGGAGGGUUUAAGGUUAAAUGGAAAGUGGAUAGCAAAGGGUGUGAGGAGUGUACCGGGUCUAAAGGGCGGUGCGGGUUUGAUUUUGUUAAUAAAAAUACCACUUGCUUUUGCCCCGACCCGCCUUAUGUGUCGGGUACUUGCUCGAUUUCUACAGCUUCCCUACCGGCUACGGCACCGACUCAGCCGGCGCAGGGCAACGAACAAUACCUGAACUGCAACCAGCUAUUCCAAUGCGGGAACAUCCAGGGAAUCGGUUACCCUUUCUGGGGAGGAAGCAGGUCAGAUUCCUGCGGCCACCCGAGUUUCCAACUGAACUGCACGGGCGAAGCCCCUGUGCUCACCAUCGAGUCGCGGCCUUACCGAGUCCUAUACAUCGACAACGCAACGUACGCUCUCACAGUAGUCAGACAGGAAUUCUGGAACGACAUUUGCCCCCAGUACCUCUACGAUGCCACGCUGGACACGGACCACUUCAACUACGCAGCUGAUACAAACGUUCUAGCGCUUUACUACGGGUGCAGGGCACUUACGCUCGGCAACACGAUUCCGAAUCAGUUUACGUGCCUCGCGAAUGAGACCGAAGGAACUUUCGGUAUUUUCACGUCGGCUGGUCUUACUACGACCAUCUUGAAUAUUACUACUUGCACUACAAAUGUGAGUGUUCGGGUGAAUUCGACUGUGGGUGCGGGUUUGUCGAGCAAUGGUACUUCAGAGAAAUUGACAGAAGUGCUUGAUAGUGGUUUUGGGUUGGUGUGGGAAGCCAACAAUACUAACUGUCAGCGGUGUGUCGGCUCGGGCGGGGCGUGCGGGUCGAAUUCCUCGAAGCCUGGUUCGCUCGUUUGUUAUUGUUCGGAUGGGGAGUACGAUGCAAGCUGCGGAUCAAGUCAACCCGGAACAGGGGGAGGUUCAAGUUCGCAGAUGCAGAUAGUCCUUCCUGUAGUGGGUGCAAUCAUUGCUGGUAUUGGCAUAGGAUGGGGUGUCUUUUAUUGUAGACAACGGAAAAAGCACAAAGCGGCCCUAUCUGCCCAAGCUGAAGGCAAAGAGCUUUCAACUCCUUCUCUAAGCAAAGGCGCCAAUCCUCCACUAACUAAUUUCUCCCGGAGCAUUCCGUCUUACCACUCCUCCAAGUCUGACUUUGGAAAGGCAAGCACCUACUUUGGGGUUCAGGUCUUCAGCUACUCUGAACUUGAAGAAGCCACCGGUAAUUUUGACCCUUCUAGAGAACUCGGAGAAGGCGGCUUUGGCACCGUAUACUAUGGGGUUCUCCAGGAUGGCCGUGUAGUUGCAGUGAAGCGUCUGUACGAGAACAACUUCAAGAGAGUUGAACAAUUCAUGAACGAAGUCGAAAUCCUCACUCGCUUGCGGCACGAAAGCCUUGUCACUCUUUUUGGAUGCACAUCAAAACGAAGCCGAGAGCUUCUCCUUGUAUACGAAUACAUCCCCAAUGGAACAGUGGCCGAUCAUCUGCAUGGCAAAAAAGCAAAUUCCGGUUUGCUUUCUUGGCAAGUCAGGUUGAACAUUGCCAUAGAGACAGCUGAUGCUCUUGCCUAUCUCCAUGCAUCGGAUAUCAUACACCGCGACGUCAAAACCAACAACAUUCUUCUGGACAAUGAUUUCCGGGUGAAAGUGGCUGAUUUUGGGUUGUCAAAAUUGUUCCCCACUGAUGUCACCCAUGUGUCGACAGCCCCACAAGGCACACCUGGAUAUGUGGACCCUGAAUACUACCAAUGCUACCAACUUACAGAGAAGAGCGAUGUUUAUAGCUUUGGGGUUGUCCUUGUUGAGCUUAUCUCAUCAAAGCAAGCCGUUGACACCAACAGGGAUAGGCAUGACAUUAAUUUGGCAAAUAUGGCUAUCAAGAAGAUUCAAAACCAUACGCUGCAUGAGUUGGUCGACCAGUCUCUUGGGUUUGAAACAAACAGUGUGGUGAGGAAAAUGGCUACGUUGGUGGCAGAGCUAGCUUUUCGAUGUUUGCAAGCGGAAAAGGACAUGAGGCCUUCAAUGGAAGAAAUAUUGAAGACACUGCGAGGGAUUAAGAAUGAUGAGCCCAAUACCCAAGUGGAGGUGGUGGACAUUAUGGUAGAUGGGGAUGUUGGGAUUGCAAAGGAGAACCCUCCGCCAAUGUCACCAGAUUCGGCUGGCACAGAGAAAUGGGUUAGUAACUCUUCUGCACCUAAUUUCAGUGGUUGAGAUUUCCUUCUCAUCUUGCUUGAAAAUGCUACAAUUAGAUGGUUUAAAAGUAAUGUUGACACUCUUGAUGAGUUGUCUUGAGUUGGUUACGGGAUCGUUUGCUUUCCAACUAUCGGGCUUUGUUUGGUUUUGUUUAUAGAAACGUAGAUAUAACACAAUAUUGACAGUGUUGUGCAAAGUCUUUGGGAAUGUACAUAGUAAAUGGAGGUGUCCAAACCCUAAUAAUUGCAUUUACAAGGUUUCUGGUGAUGUACUAGCAUUGUUCAACUAUUCUUGCUUCUUCCAUUUGAGAUUUAAAUGUAUCCCUAGUUAACUUUUUUGUUCU